UGCAUGUACAGUACGGGUCUUUUCAAACGUGAGCAACGCUGAGCUUCUAUGGCUUUAUAAUUUUAAAAUAAAAGUGUUUUUUUUCCCCCUUCACUGUAGUUUGUUUAAUAUUAUAGCUAAGCAAUAGUUUUAAGCUAGCGACGCGAGCUAGUUAGACCCGGUUAGCUCUUGUUGCUAAAGGACUUCGCUUAGACGUGUAAGAUUAACGUUAGAUAAUAGCGGUUAUAAUGCUUUAUUCACUGCUAUCCCGAUUUGGCAAACCCUCAUACUGCGUACAGAUAUUAAAUCGUGUUAAUGCCACAUGUCCUCCCUCAGUUUGGCAUCUGCAUAACCCUGCUGUAAUCCGGUUAAAUAAAUGUCCUCAGUGGACUUGUGUGCAAUUUAACAGUGUUUUAACUCAGGUGAGAAAUGUCCACACUGGAGCUGAGUGCAGGAAUAAAGCUCAGGCUCAACAGAGAGAAAAGGAGACGUCAGUCUCCACUAGCCAGCCUUCUUCAAGCCUCUCUGCCGCACAGAAAGUGAAGCAAGCUGGGAGAGAUUUCACAUAUCUGAUUGUGGUGCUUGUUGGACUUGGAGUUACAGGAGGACUUCUGUAUGUCAUCUUUCAAGAACUGUUCUCAUCAUCAAGUCCGAGCAAAAUCUAUGGCAAGGCUUUUAACAAAUGCAAGACACACCCAGAGGUGAUUGGAGCUUUUGGUGAGCCCAUUAAAGGUUACGGCGAGACCACACGCCGCGGACGAAGACAGCAAGUUAGUCAUAUUGAGUAUAUGAAGGACGGACAGAAGCACAUGAGGCUGAAAUUCUAUAUCGAGGGUUCUGAGCCGGGACUGCGUGGCACCGUGCACUCAGAAUCACAAGAGAAUCCUGAAAGUGGAAAAUAUGAAUUCCGCUACAUAUUUGUGGAGGUGGAAACGUAUCCCAGGAGGACCAUCGUGAUUGAGGACAACAGAUGAGAUUUUUCUGAAAGAUUUGUAAAAGUGUGAAACAAUUUCAGUUCAUUGGUAAAACUGGUUCACUUGCAGCAUUGUCAAAGCAUUUUAAUUGGAAUAAUGCUGAGGCUUGAAAAAACAACAACAUGGAAUUAUAUAGUUUCUUAUUUAGAUUCCAUAAUGUAUCUGGUUUAGCUUGAUGGUGCUUUUGUGAUUUUUUUUUUCCUGAUUUUGGUCAGCUAGCUAUGUUAAAGCUGAUUUAAUUGCUCAUUCAGGUCAAUGGAAUAAGGAAUAAACUGAACUUGAGACUCAUUUGAAACACAGAUUUGGAUAGCUAAAUGCAAAUAAUGUAUGCCACUUAUAUAAUAUAUGAUAUAAAUAAAUGAUUUGUGCAUAUGUCUUGAUGAAACCUGACUUGCUCUUAACAGAACUUUGAUAUAAGGUUUUUCUUAAUCCUCUGAAAAUCUGGAACUUUUUUCAAUCCAGCAGGGGGCGGUAUUGCACAUUAUUUUUUCUGUUAUGAACAAUGAAGCAAUAAAUUUAUUGAAUACACGUUUGAUUAUCCUGUUAUAUGGUUUAACAGAUAUGAUUCCAGAUGUGUUUAAUAUACUUUCAAUCUUUGUAAAUCUUAAGAUGAAUGCUUGUGACAGGAUAAAAGUCACAUAUUUAUAAAAUCAAGAACCAGAAUUCUGAAUGAUCUCUGCUUUGCCAUAUAUGGGUAAUAAUAUGGGUUUCGGUCAUCACAAUAUCUGCUUAGGUUUUUUUGUAUCUAAUAAUACAGUAUAAAGGUUGAAUAAACUUUUUGUCCCAUGUUAGUUAAUAGUCCAUUACACUACAACA